AUGGGAAUAGCCGCCUUCGAAUGGGGAGAAGGGCAACUAACGCUGCUGAUGAUAAACAGGGCGGCUUGGAACGGCGAGGUGUUGAGUGGUAGGGCUCAACCGAACGGAGAGACAUGGUGUGGUAUCUCUAGAAAUGGCCGAGUUGCUUUUCUUGUGGACACAAUGAUCUUUGACGGUUUAAACAAUUGCGUGUCUUUUCCUGCUGAGUUCUUGCAGGGUCACAUGAGUCCAGAGGAGUUUGCAAAUGAAAUAGCUGAAGACCCUGUGAGAUACCCCGGGAUAACCUUUAACCUAAUUGUUGCAGACAUAACUUCAAACUCUAUGUACCAUAUCAGCAAAGUAUCUCAAACUAUGCCAUAUGUUCAUACACAACAAGUUGCUUUUGGUGUUCAUACCCUUUCUCAUUCCGGACUCGAUAUCCACCUUGCCAACGAUUUACGCCUGAAAGAUUUUUUCACUGAGAUGAUUGAUGAAUAUGAAAACAAACAAUUACCAUCGCUUAAGGAGAUUGCUGAGAGGUUUAUGUAUGAUCCAAUCGAAGCUGUCGAAGGAAGGAAGCUGACCGCAUUUUUUGUAAACUUUGACGUAACAGAAUUAAACAAUAAUUGUAUUCCGAUACAAGAAGGACGCUACAGAACAACGAGUACAACAGCAUUGACCGUGAAACCCACUUAUGAAGUAGAGUUCUAUGAGAGAUAUUUGGACAAUGGCGAAUGGAGAGACCAUGAAGUCACUUUCAACAUCGUCUAG